UAAACGUACACGAGAUGGUAAUGCCAUAGGCUGAUGUUUUUUAUUUGCUGCUUUAUAUCAAUCUUUUAAUAACUACUCUCUUAUUUGUAAAGUGCCAUUUACAAUAUAGUGACGAACAAAAUAUAAAAGUUUUAUAAAUAUAUCGUUACGUAUAAAACUAGUGGUGUCGUAGUGCGGUGUAUAAUGAAUCGUGGCGUUGUUGUGAGCCAGUGCGUGCGCGACGAUACCGCGAGACCAGUGUAGCACUGCCGGCUGUUUACAAAACACCGCUCGUACCUCCGAUUUGUUCCCGCGCACCGCAGACAUGGGGGACUUCCGCACGUGCGCCGCCACCACCCUAUACCUGCUCCUCCUAGCCAGUGUUGCCAGGCAUGUUCUACCCACGGGACUCGGACAAUGCCCCACAUUUGGACAGCUCCAGGAUUUUGAUAUUAAUAAGAUGGUGGGCAAGUGGUACGAGGUGGAGCGGUCGUUCUACCUAAUGGAGCUGUCGGCUAGCUGCACCGAGCUAAGGGUGAAACUCAACAAUCGCGGACAACUCGAUAUUGUCAUACACACCAGAAACAGAUGGACGGGCACGCACUGCAUAACGCGCGGCAUGGGCGUGAUGAGCCACGACGGGGCGUCAUCGUUUCGGUACCGGGUGCACAAUCGGAUGCCGUACGUGAUCGGGCGGCUGCUACCGGGCGCGGGACAGUAUAGCAUCCUCGCCACUGACUACGACCAUUUUGCGCUGAUCUGGUCCUGCACUGGACUCAGCCUCGCACAUUCAGACCGGAUGUGGGUGCUGGGCCGGAAGCGAGAGAUCGACGCGCAGCUGAGAGCUUACAUAUACAACUUACUGAACAACUUCGGCAUGGACGCCGACCGACUCAUCCUCUCCAAGAACAAUGAUUGCCCGGAUUAUGAUAAAAAUAAUACCAGAACAGACUGA